AUGGACACCAAUAUGGAGGAUGUCGGGCGCGCACCCGCCGAUGCGUCCCCCGUUCUCAACCUCGAGCCCACCACCAUCCCCACCCUCGACGGCUGGAUCGAGAGCUUGAUGGGCUGCAAGCAGCUGGCCGAGUCUGAUGUUCAGAGACUGUGCGACAAGGCACGAGAAGUUCUACAGGAGGAGUCGAAUGUGCAACCCGUGAAAUGCCCCGUCACCGUCUGUGGUGAUAUCCACGGCCAGUUCCACGACCUGAUGGAGCUCUUCAAGAUUGGUGGCCCCAACCCCGAUACCAACUACCUCUUCAUGGGCGACUACGUCGACCGAGGUUACUACUCCGUCGAGACCGUCACCCUCCUCGUCGCCCUCAAGAUCCGAUACCCUCAGCGAAUCACCAUCCUCCGAGGAAACCACGAGUCCCGUCAGAUCACCCAGGUCUACGGCUUCUACGACGAGUGCCUCCGAAAAUACGGCAACGCAAACGUGUGGAAGUACUUUACCGACCUCUUCGACUACCUCCCCCUCACUGCCUUGAUCGACAACCAGAUCUUCUGUCUUCACGGCGGUCUCUCCCCCAGUAUCGACACGCUGGAUAACAUCCGAGCUCUCGAUCGCAUCCAGGAGGUCCCCCACGAGGGUCCCAUGUGUGAUCUCCUGUGGUCAGACCCCGACGACCGAUGCGGCUGGGGUAUCUCCCCCCGUGGUGCGGGGUACACAUUCGGCCAGGAUAUUUCAGAGGCUUUCAAUCACAACAACGGCUUGACCCUGAUUGCGCGAGCCCAUCAGCUCGUCAUGGAGGGUUACAACUGGUCUCAAGACAGAAAUGUCGUGACAAUCUUCUCAGCACCCAACUACUGCUACAGAUGCGGUAACCAGGCCGCCAUCAUGGAGAUUGAUGAGCACCUGAAGUAUACUUUCUUGCAAUUCGACCCAUGCCCCAGAGCAGGCGAGCCUAUGGUCUCAAGGCGGACUCCCGACUACUUCCUCUAA